CUUACUUUUCUUCUUACUGUCAACUUGAGAGCAGGCAACUAAAAACCUCUGUAAUCUCUACUAAGACACUGUUGAAGAGUACAUUGAAAGAAUUUGUGUGUUUCUGAAGAAUGUUAAAUAUGAAGUGCGAAAUAUGUGGUAUUUCUGAUAAAAAAUACAGAUGUCCAACUUGCCUCAUAGUAUAUUGUUCUAAAAACUGCUUCGGGCAACAUAAGUCCAAGUGCAUCAAGAAGUCGAGCAAUGUAUCCGAUCCCCAACCUAAAAAAGAAAACAUUCCCCCACCAACUGAGAAGGAAUCUAUAUACUGCGAAGUACCUCCAGAAAAAUUGGAUAUGCUACGUCAUUCGAAACCUCUGGCCGAUCUACUCCGGAAUCCCCAUUUAAGGGAGCUUCUUAAAUUAAUUGACGACUCGCCUGAUCCUGAAUUGAUAAUGCACAAAGCUAUGCAAGAACCACUCUUCGUUGAAUAUGUGGAUGUAUGUAUGGAGACAAUAAAAAUGGAAUCUUCGUAAACC